AUGGAGUGGCACCAAUUACAGUGUAUCCCAAACGCAUGUGCGAUACUGGUAGGCUUGCACCCAGAAACCCAUAAAUGUUGGAGUCUUGAGAGGCGACCCGUCUGCACGGAGCGUGGUGAAAUUGGGGAGUGGGUGUUAGUGGAUGGCACACCGUCGACGUGUACCAAUGUGGGGCUCUUCACCGGUGACGCUCUCUUUCAGACUGACCAUCCUACCGACCUUGUUCUGUCGGGACCGAACUUUGGGCGCAACACCGGUACUGCGUUCUCACUCUCCUCCGGCACUCUCGGAGGUGCUUUAGCUGGCUCAUUGAGUGGAGUGCGUUCUAUCGCCAUCAGUUUUUGUCAUUUUAAGAAAUCGCCGCCCACACUAGACCGGCGCGAGGCGCCGCCCCUCACGAAGGAACAGUUUGCUGACUACGCAAGCGUAGCUUGCCGUUACAGUGCAAAACUUUGCUCAAAGUUGUGGGAUUCGUGGGAUCAUGAUGCACAAGUGCAGGCCUAUUCUAUAAAUGUGCCUAUUUGCGAGUCGCUCCAGCGUCCAGAAGUGCAUUGGACGAAGGUGUGGGCAAGUCAGCAUGUCCAACUAUACCCUCUGCCAUCUAUGCCCGAUGUUCCCCUUCGCAUUGAGCCACUGGGCGUGCAUCCUGAUGAGAGUGAGGGAGACGAUUCUCCCGGUCCCUACCUAGCCUUCCGCCCCAACCUGGCGCGGGCGAUGUGCCCUGCUGACCCAGAGCCUGGAACGGACGUGUGGGCUAUCCAUCAUGGCUACAUCUCCGUGUCGCGAUUUGUGGCGUCCUUUGCCGAGGUAGAUGCUGGCGCACGGCCGGCGCCGUCAUGUAUCUAG